CUCAAUAAUAAUAUGUCGCUUUUCGAAAAUCACUAAACAAUAGGUUUGCUGCACACAAGGAAAAUUAAUGAAUGAAUAAAACCGUGAGAAAAUAAUAGUUCCAGGAAGUUUAUUACAUUAAUUUCAUUUUAAUGUGUGUGAAAAUACUGCUAGAUCCUAGAUGUUUCUCUUGAGUGAAAUUAAAAGAUAAAUUCAGAGCAUCCUAUUCAACGAAUGGCGGGUUUAGAAGAGAUGACGUCAUUGCUGGACCAGUCUCAGAAUGAAAUUUUCUUUCGUCUGCUGCCGCUGAUCGUGUUUAUGGCCGUCGUCUGUGUAAUGGGGAUAAUUGGCAACAUAUUGACCAUCAUAUUUUACGCUUCCAGCUCUAGACGUUCGACGUCCACCAUACAGAUAGCAUGUCUUGCUACAGUGGACUUGAUGGUUUGUGUGAUGAUAAUUCCCAACAUCAUAGAAAUGGCCGUCAAUGUGAAAUAUAACAUAAGCUUUUUAUGCAAGCUUACACACUUUUUCGGUUUGUGGACAAUCGCGAGUUCAUGUUUCAUUUUAUGGGUCAUUGCAUUAGACAGAUACAGGAAAAUAUGUAAACCGUUUGCAAAACAAAUGACCGUGAAAACGACUGAAUACGCUGUUACUGCAAUAGUCAUCGGUUCAUUUGUGCUGUCUGUCCGAAAUUUUGUCAAUUUUACCGCUAUAGAUGUGAAUGUAGCCGUAUCCAAUAGCAACGAGACAGUUAAAGGCCGCUUCUGUACAACAAGGGACGAUGCUGGCUAUAAAAUUAGCGUUACUGUGUUUUAUGCCAUUGAUUUCUUAUUUGUGUUAGUGUGUUUAGGAACCAUUUUAAUUACAUACUCGUGUAUCAUUUGUACUCUAUUACGAUUGAAGCGUACUAAGAAACGUUCCAAACAACAAGCGCACGUUGGCAUAAGCUCGCGUGCAAAAGCAAGCAUCAGAGAGGAGUCCGACGGUAGCCUCGAAAUGUCGAAUUUCCAAAGUCAGACUAAUGCAUCGACUAGUAAGACAAACAAUAAUCUCAGUUUUGAUGACACAGCCAGCUCAUCGGCAGAUUUCAGCCAAUCACGAACCACACAAGCAAUCGGCAAUGGCGGUAUGCUUUCACCUAUAAGUCUUCGGCGAACUCUCCAUAAAAUGAACUUCCGAAAACGGAAGCGACGCCAUAAAAUCGGCGCACGCAGCGCUUCGGAAAGAAAUCUAACGUUCAUGAUGUUAACUGUCUCGCUUCUCUUUGUCCUGUGUUUCUUUCCAUAUUUUGUGGUAAAAAUAAUAAUGAGACUCGUGCUGAAAUCAGGAGAAGAAUUCGAACUGAAUGUUGGCAUUCAGUUUGCUCUUAGACUCGUUUAUCUGAACAGUGUUUUCAAUCCAGUCGUUUACUGCUUCUUUAAUCCACAAUUUAGAAGUUAUAUUAAAGGUAUUUUGUUGAAAUGUCUCAGAUGUCAAGUGAUGAAAAAAUAACAAUUUGCUGCUGUUGGCGGUUUAAACACUCCUCAACCUUUGUUCAUUGUGAUUAAACUUGACUUUUUCACCUUUGAACAAGUAAAAAUGGUUUUAUGUUUGUUCGUACAUGAUGGGACAAGAGAUCUCCGAUUAUAAGAUCGAAAUAUCAUAUAUUCACCGAGAAGUAUCUCUAAGAGUGACGUAGUUAUGAGUGAAAAUGCAAGAUCUGCUGUUCACGAGUCAAACAUAUUUGAUCAUAAAAGUAAAUCAAACAAAUUUUCUUUUUA